CCUUUGGUGGCCGUGUACUACACGAACCGAGCGCUCUGCUACCUGAAGAUGCAGCAGCACGACAAGGCACUGGCGGACUGCAAGCGAGCCCUGGAGCUGGAUGGCCAGUCGGUGAAGGCUCACUUCUUCCUGGGCCAGUGCCAGAUGGAGAUGGAAAACUAUGACGAGGCCAUCGCCAACCUGCAGCGAGCUUACAACCUCGCCAAGGAGCAGCGGCUGAAUUUCGGGGAUGACAUCCCCAGUGCGCUGCGCAUCGCCAAGAAGAAGCGUUGGAACAGCAUCGAGGAGAAACGGAUCAACCAGGAGAACGAGCUGCAUUCCUACCUGACCAAGCUGAUCACAGCGGAGAAGGAGAGGUAACGGAGCCGGCGCAGUGGAGAAAAGACUGAGCAGGAAUAAAACACCGAUGAGAGCCGGAGCCGCGUUCAGCUGGCCAGCAUCGAGGCCAAACAUGACAAAUACCUGGCGGACAUGGACGAGCUCUUCUCUCAAGUGGAUGAGAAGAGGAAGAAGCGAGACAUCCCCGACUACCUGUGCGGGAAGAUCAGUUUUGAGCUGAUGCGGGAGCCCUGCAUCACGCCCAGCGGCAUCACCUACGACAGGAAGGACAUUGAGGAACAUCUCCAGCGCGUGGGGCACUUCGAUCCGGUGACGCGGAGUCCCCUGACCCAGGACCAGCUGAUCCCCAACCUCGCCAUGAAGGAGGUGAUCGAUGCCUUCAUCUCAGAGAACGGCUGGGUGGAGGAUUACUGA